UAAUGGAGAAGCAGUAAAAGAAAAUAUUUUCACCGUUUUUGUGCUCUGAAGGAAUCCGAUGUUGAUUUAUUUUAUUUGUAAAAUAAAGAGGAUUUCUUCCUUUAAUCACAGUUUUUUAUUCAGAUCUCCUUUUCUUCGCGUUUUAAGCCAAACAAACUCUCCCAAUUUUCUCAUUCGUCUUUCAUUUCCAACAUUUCUUUCUCCUAAAAUUCUAUUUUAUUAUAUACUCUUUUUGUUUUAUUUACUCUAAUCUAAUGCCAUGGAGAGUAGUAACCGGAGACUUACGCUUUUCGAGCAGAUGUCAGCGGUCGACAACGGCCGCACCAGUCUGGCCGCUGCUUUCACUCUCGAUGCCCUUUUGGGAAACACUAAGCCGCCUCAACAACCGCCGUCUCACAACCGUACGCUUCUGGAGAUUAUAUUAGACGAUGGGUCCAACAAAGACAAGAAGAGUUGGAAGGCGUUUCGGGACAAGAUCCGGCUCAAGCGACCGGGCUCUGCCUUGACCUCCUCGCUUCAUGUUCCGGUUUCCGAUGUCAAUGUUCAGACUGAUAGAUCUCAGUUACCGAGGCGCGGUCCGUUUCUUUCCGACCCGGAUGACUCGGUUCGGGUUGAGGAUGGUGGUGAACGUGCCCCGGUUUCUGACCCGCCGGUUCUGAAUUCUCUGCUGCGAUUGGAACGGACGGACUCGGACUCGGAUCGGUUCGGGCACGAUCCGAUGCAGCCCUUUAACGAUGAUUCAGCUGAUGUCAGCAUGCCUAGUAACGCUCCGCCGUUGAGAAGAGUCAGGCCACAAACAGACCGCAAUGAUUCGAAUCGUUUACCUUCCUCGAACACUGCCGUAAACAACAUUGACAGCAGCGAGGACGAUGACUCUCCCCUGGCGCGUCAUGUAACGCGCCAACUGGGAGCGGUAUUGGCAGAGGAGAGGGCAUUGUCUGCAAGAGAAGCAGCGGAAGCAGCCGCUGCGGCGGUGGAACAAGCUGCAGUGACAGUGAACAAUGCUCCACCAGCGUCCGAGGAACCGGUGAGGAUGUCAUUAAUGGAAUUAUUAGAAGAAACAAGCCAACAAAUGGGGCUGAUGGGAUCCAGUUACAUCAUAAGCGACGCCGGUGAAGAGUAUGAGAAAGAGGAAGUGACGGAUGAAGACGAAGACGAAAAAGAGGUGGUGCAAAGCAGCGGUGGGAUGGAGCACGCUUGUUGCGUUUGCAUGGUUAGGCAUAAAGGUGCUGCGUUUAUUCCAUGCGGGCAUACAUUUUGUCGUCUCUGUUCAAGAGAACUCUGGGUUCAGCGAGGGAAUUGCCCACUUUGCAAUGGCUCCAUCUUGGAAAUUCUUGAUAUAUUUUAAUCUAUAUUUAAAUCCGCGUUAUCGUUUGUUCUUCAUAACAAUUUUAUCUAUUCUUUUUCUUCAUUAUCAGCAAGGAUAACAAUAGUUCAUGUCUUCUAGUUUCCAACUUUUGGUUGAUUGUCUUGAGGUAGAUAGUAAAUUAUCAAGUUUCAGCGAUCCAUUUAGAAUUUGUCAGUUCAGGGAACGCAAUAAAUGUAUAUCAUUGCUAGGUGGUUGACAACUUGAUUACCAUGAUUA